AUGUUACAUGGCAAACUAAGAAUUCACACAUGCAGAGUUAUACUUCUCACAUCUUUAGUAUGGUUCAUAAUCGAUGUGAUUGUAUUAUCUUUCUAUUCCGACUGCAUUGGAGGCGCCUGCAAGAAAUUCGACGACAAUGAUAAUACUAUCGUAGCUGAACCUUUAAUUGACGAAAAUAGUUUCAAUGAAAAGCAAGAGGAUUCGAUAAACGAACCCCAAAACCGGGGGCCCGGAUUGGAGGGCAUGUCUCAAACGUACAGGCCGAACACGUUGAAGAGAUGGAGACCAGCCCCUGUUGUCCCCCAAAUAUCGGGAAGGCCUGGAGAAAUGGGAAAAGCCGUUCACAUUCCACCGGAACAGGAGACUUUGAUGAAAGAAAGAUUCAAAUUGAACCAGUUCAAUCUCUUAGCUAGCGAUAUGAUUUCUUUAAAUAGGUCGUUGUCCGAUGUUCGAUUAGGAGGUUGCAAACAAAAGAGGUAUCCUGCAUUACUUCCAACCACUUCCAUUGUCAUAGUUUUCCACAAUGAAGCCUGGUCGACUUUAUUGAGAACCGUAUGGAGUGUGAUAAAUCGAUCUCCGAGACCGUUGCUCAAAGAAAUCAUUCUCGUCGAUGAUUCUAGCGAAGGAGUUUUCGCCGACCAUUUGGGAAAAAAACUAGAAGACUACGUGGCCAAAUUACCGGUUCCCGUUCAUGUUCUGCGAACGGAGAAACGUUCGGGACUGAUAAGGGCCCGUCUAUUGGGGGCGAAGCACGUCCAAGGGCAGAUCAUCACGUUCCUGGACGCCCAUUGCGAAUGCACCGAAGGCUGGCUGGAGCCCCUGCUGUCGAGGAUAGUCGAAGACAGGAAGACCGUCGUGUGUCCCAUCAUAGACGUCAUAUCGGACGAGACUUUCGAGUACAUCACCGCCUCGGAUAUGACGUGGGGCGGGUUCAAUUGGAAGUUGAAUUUCCGAUGGUAUCGAGUGCCCCAACGCGAGAUGGAUAGAAGAAAAGGGGAUAGAACGGCCCCGUUGCGAACUCCAACGAUGGCCGGUGGGUUGUUUUCGAUCGAUAAGGAGUACUUUUACGAAAUCGGUUCGUACGAUGAGGGAAUGGACAUUUGGGGCGGAGAAAACUUGGAAAUGAGUUUCAGGGUGUGGAUGUGCGGGGGCCAGCUCGAAAUUGCCACGUGCUCGCACGUGGGUCACGUCUUCAGGAAAUCGACGCCAUAUUCGUUCCCCGGAGGUACCAAUCGAAUCGUGAACCACAACAACGCCCGUUUGGCCGAGGUGUGGCUCGACCAGUGGAAAGAGUUCUACUAUAACAUUAACCCAGGCGCAAGAAGCGUGCCGGUAGGCGACAUAUCAGCCAGGACGGACCUGCGCGAGAAGCUCCAAUGCAAAAGCUUCCGCUGGUAUUUGGAGAACAUCUACCCGGAAUCCCAGAUGCCCUUGGACUACUACUACCUAGGAGACAUUCGCAACGUCGAGAGCAAGAAUUGCUUGGACACGAUGGGACGGAAGUCGGGCGACAACGUCGGCAUGACCUACUGCCACAAUUUGGGCGGCAAUCAGGUCUUCGCCUAUACCAAACGACAGCAAAUCAUGUCCGAUGACAAUUGCCUGGAUGCCAGCUCGAGAACGGGCCCCGUGAAAUUGGUCAGGUGUCACGGAAUGGGCGGCAAUCAGGCUUGGAUGUACGACGAACACGAUAGAACGAUAGUUCACGUGAACACGGGCAGUUGCCUUACGAAGCCGGACAAUAGUGACGUGAAUUUGCCGGUUUUGAAGGCCUGCAAUCGCGAGGAGGGACAACAGUGGAUAAUGAACAGCGACUUUCGAUGGCAGGCUAAAAAAAAUCACAACGAUGAGAGAUAG